AUGGUUACAAGGAAGAGGCCAAGUGAUGACAUGUUUGUGGGAGACAUGAACUUGCAGAAGUGGGUAAGGUCAGCUUUUCCAGACAGGCUGGGAGAUAUUGUUGAUAGCGGGCUAUUGAGAGAUGUGAAUGAAAACAUGGAAGACAAUAGAUGCCUUCUCUCUUUCAUUCAUGUUGGUUUGCUUUGUAGCAGUGAAUCACCAAGAGAACGACCUUCCAUGACAGAAGUAGCCAAGUUCUUGGAGAGUCUCAAGACAUCUUUCAUGGGAGGUGCAGCUGCUUCCAAUUUAACAUCUGCCAUAUCAGACCUCCUGCGUAAUACCAAUCACGCAGAAACAUUGGCAACUGACAGUCAAAGCUCUACAUUUUAG